GUGGGGGCGGGGGUCCCAGGUCCUCCAGAGCGGAAGCCCCCUCCUCCUUCAUCCUCCGCCUAUGCUGCCUGGUGGCCCCUCCUGGGAUCCAGGUUUGCCAGCACCUCUAAUUUGGACAAGCAGAACUUUGCAGAAGAAAAAAGGGACUCCUUCUAAUCUCUUGGGAGCUUCCUGAGAGGAAAGAUGGAUGAGCAAGACUUGGCUGGACCUAAAGCAAGAAGAGGCCAUGCCAUUGAAGAUGGGAGCAGUAGGGGAUUCUGGGAAAAAUCUGUGGGGAAGAUCCUGGGUGAGGAGGACACCCUCCACUCAGAUGUGCAUUGCCAGCAGCUCAGGCAGUUCUGCUACCAGGAGGCUGAAGGACCCCGAGAAGUUUGCAGCCGGUUCUACCACCUUGUCUGUCAGUGGCUGAAGCCAGAAAGGCACACAAAAGUUAAAAUGCUGGACCUGGUGAUCUUGGAGCAGUUCCUGGCUGUCCUUCCCCCAGAAAUGGAGAGCUGGGUGAGGGAAUGUGGAGCGGAGACCAGUUCCCAGGCAGUGGCUCUCGCUGAAGGUUUCCUCCUGAGUCAGGCAGAGGAGAGGAAGCAGGCAGAGCAGCAGGUUAAAGAUCUGUUGACAGAAAUGGGUCCUGAUUCCUCUGAGGCAAAGAGGACUCCGAUGGACACCAGGGAGAGACCACUAGGUGACAGGAUGAUGCCAGCAAGACCUCCUCAUCCAACUUUUCAUGGUAGCGAAGGGGAAGCAGCAGCUAUGGAAGCAGAUCAGGGUCUGGUGUGCUUUGAGGAUGUUGCUGUUCAUUUCACGGGCAAGGAGUGGGCGUUGCUGGAUCCUGACCAGAGAGCUCUGCAUGAGGAGGUGAUGGAAGAGAAUCGUGGACUCCUGGAUUCUCUGGUUGGUGAUGAAUUGGAAAUUAAUAACAAGGGGGACCAAGAAGGAAUCCACACCGUAGAGAAGCCAUAUAAAUACUCAGAGUGUGAAAAGAACUUUAGUGAGAGCUCCCAGAUCACUCCUCAUCAAAGAAGUCCAAUUGGGAAUAAACCCUAUCAGUGCUUAGAAUGUGGAAAGAGCUUCAGUCACAAAGCCAGUCUUUCUUCCCAUCAAAGAAUUCAUACAGGGGAGAAACCUUUUCAGUGCUUGCAGUGUGGGAAGACUUUCAGAAAGAGCUCAGAUCUCACUUCCCAUCAAAGAAUUCAUACAGGGGAGAAACCCUAUCAGUGCUUGGAAUGUGGAAAGAACUUCAGACACAGUAGCCAUCUCACUUCCCAUCAACGAAUUCAUACAGGGGAGAAACCCUAUCAGUGCUUGGAAUGUGGAAAGACCUUCAAUCAGAAGAGCAGUCUCACUUCUCAUCAAAGAAUUCAUAAAGGUGAGAAACCCUAUCAGUGCUUGGAAUGUGGAAAGAACUUCAGUCACAACGUAUCUCUCACUUCUCAUCAAAGAAUUCAUACAGGGGAGAAACCCUAUCAGUGCCUGGAAUGUGGAAGAAGCUUCAGUCACAGUGCCUCUCUCACAUCCCAUCAAAGAAUUCAUACAGGGGAGAAACCCUAUCAGUGCUUGGAAUGUGGAAAGAGCUUCAAUCAGAAGAGUAGUCUCACUUCCCAUCAAAGAAUUCAUACCGGAGAGAAACCCUAUCAGUGCCUGGAAUGUGGAAGGAGCUUCAGUCACAACGCAUCUCUCACUUCCCAUCAAAGAAUUCAUACAGGGGCAAAACCCUAUCAGUGCUUGGAAUGUGGAAGGAGCUUCCGUCACAACACAUCUCUCACUUCCCAUCAAAGAACUCACAGUGGAGAUAAACCCUAUCAGUGCUUGGAAUGUGGAAAAAACUUCAUUCAGAGCAUUCAUCUCACUUCCCAUCAAAGAAUACAUACAGGGGAGAAACCCUAUCAGUGCUUGGAAUGUGGAAAGAGCUUCAGUCAGAGCUGCUCUCUCACUUCCCAUCAAAGAAUUCAUACAGAGGAGAAACCUUUUGAGUGCUUGGAAUGUGGAAAGAGCUUCAGUCGGAGCACUUCUCUCACGUCUCAUCAAAGAAUUCAUACAGGGGAGAAACCCUAUCAGUGCUUAGAAUGUGGAAAGAGCUUUAGUCAAAGUGCACAUCUCACAUCGCAUCAAAGAAUUCAUACAGGGGAGAAAACCUAUCAGUGCUUGGAAUGUGGAGAGAGUUUCCGUUUGAAUCGUCAUCUAACUUCCCAUCAAAGAAGUCAUACGGGGGGGAAACUCUAUCAGUGCUUGGAAUGUGGAAAAAACUUCACUCAGAGCAUUCAUCUCACUUAUCAUCAAAGAAAUCAUACAGGGGAGAAGCCGUAUCAGUGCUUAGAAUGUGGAAAGAGCUUCAGUCACAAAGCCAGUCUUUCUUCCCAUCAAAGAAUUCACACAGGGGAUAAACCUUUUCAGUGCUUGCAAUGUGGGAAGACUUUCAGAAAGAGCUCAGAUCUCACUUCCCAUCAACGCAUUCAUACAGGGGAGAAACCCUAUCAGUGCUUGGAAUGUGGAAAGAGCUUUAGUCAAAGUUCACAUCUCACUUCCCAUCAAAGAGUUCAUACAGGGGAGAAACCGUAUCAGUGCUUGGAAUGUGGAAAGACUUUCCGUCUGAAUGGUCAUCUCACUUCCCAUCAAAGAAGUCAUACGGGGGAGAAACCCUAUCAGUGCUUGGAAUGUGGAAAGACCUUCAGCCACAGUAGCCAUCUCUCUUAUCAUCAAAGAAUUCAUACAGGAGAGAAACCCUAUCAGUGCUUGGAAUGUGGAAAGAGUUUCCGUCACAGUAAGACUCUCAUUUCCCAUCAAAUAAUUCAUACAGGGGAGACACCCUAUCAGUGCCUGGAAUGUGGAAAGUGCUUCCGUCACAGCUGCACACUCUCUUCCCAUCAAAGAACUCACCGUGGGGAGAUACCAUAGCAAUUGCUGUGUUGUGAUUGUAUAUUAGGAGACUUUAAUUUGCAUCGCAACAGUGUUCUUGUGCUUCUUCAACCCAGCAGAGAAGUCAGCCUUGCCUCUCAAAUCCAUGGAGUGCAAACCUGGUGUCCCAUAUUAUUCAUACUAUGUAUCCAGAUCUGCAAGGUGGAAGUCAAUGGCCAAGGUGUUGAAUUCAGACUUUUCUGUGGGAAGGUUAGGUCUAAGAAUCUCUUGCUACUUUUCUCCUUUGAUCCCUCAAAGUCCUUAGCGCAUGCCAGGAGCAAAGAAUUGCAUCCAUGAGGGAGAAAGAGUCCUCUGGGUAUUACAUGUUGUGAACAGCAGUAAGUUGUUUGUUUGCUUCAGCCAAAUCCAGUUCUCAUCUGCACACAUAUGAUACAUGGAAA